GCUAGUGCUCGGUCGUCUCUCUAUAGGAUUGUAACACAUGGCGUUUCGUAGCCGUGUGGUGUAAACACUGCGGUAAAAGCAGCUGUUGAAGACGGAUUGCUCAGGCAGUACUCCCUCACGAGCAGUCCGACAUUUUCUUUUUGUAUAGAUGUCGAACCGGGUGCUGAAGAAGCUCCAAGGCGUCAAUGAAAUUGAGAAACUUGAUGCUCAGUCGGAAACAGAAGAUGAGGCGCCCAAUGUGGCUGCCAGCGAUGCUCGAAAGAGCAAGGAAGCGGCUGCAAACCGCUUUGAGCUGCUUACUGGGCUGUCAGCCGAACAGUCUCUCUCAGACACAGCCAAAGAGGAUGAUGACCGAGAGAAUGAGCCCCCGCCUGCUCGGGCAGCUGCAGCAGAGGCUCCCCAGGAAAGCGUGCUGCUUGCAGAUGAGUUACCUAGGAGCAAACUAGAGAAACAGGAUUCCACCCAGAGCACUGACAGCCUUAAACGCCGCAAAAAGAAAAAGAAAAAAAAGAAGCAGCUAAACAGUCAGCACAGCCAUGAGGAUAAGCUGAACCACAGUCAGGAAGAUGAAGUAGCAGCCAGUGUGCGAGAGGUAAACAGAAUACUGGGGGAGCCUGAGAAUCUGCCCCAUGUUGCCGGCAUUACUACCACUGUCUGUGGGCCCUCUCGGGCAGAGAAAAGCCUGCUUUCUGUGGAUCAGCGCAACCUCAAUCCGGAGAAUGAGUUGCGGAGAAUUUUUGGAUCUAGAGUUGUCCAGGCUGAGCAAGCGAAACGACGUGGAAGAGGACAUUUCUAUGGUCGAACAGCUGUUCUGGUCCCUAGCAGGAACUGGUACCACGGUGUGAAACCUGGAAUAAACAUGGAGCUUCUAGAGACAGAGGGUGACGUUCACUUCUUCACUUUUGAACACACAAAAUCCUACCAGGCAAUCCAGUUUCAAUUCUUGGAUGCCGUUGAAACAUUCAACCCGGACAACAUAGUGGCAUUAUUAAACCAACAUCCAUAUCAUGUGGAUUCCUUGAUUCAGUUCAGUGACGUUUGCAAGAUGAGUGAGGAUCUUCAAAUGGCUGCUGAGCUUAUAGAGCGAGCCCUCUAUUUCAUGGAAACAUGCUUUCACUCGCUCUUCAAUGUCACACAAGGCAACUGUCGACUUGAUUAUCGCCGCAGUGAGAACAGAUCGUUUUUUCUGGCUCUCUUCAAGCAUUUAAACUUUGUGGGGCAGCGUGGCUGCUCACGAACUGCACUUGAAUUUUGCAAGGUGCUCUUGGGGCUUGACCCAGACACUGACCCAUUAUGUGUGACACUGCUCCUGGACUACUAUGCUAUCCGGGCUGAGCAGUACCAGUACCUCGUGCGACUGUACCGGGAGUGGGAUGCCGAACGCAAUCUUUGCCAACUGCCAAAUUUUGCCUUCUCUGUGCCCCUUGCCCUCUUCCACAUGGCACAGGCUGGUGCCAGUGAAGACACUGUGUCAUCUGCGGAGCUAGAAGCCGACAAAAUGCUGCAAGAAUCCCUGAUCAUGUUCCCUGGUGUACUCAAGCCACUGCUGGACAAGUGUGGUGUGCAGCCAGACAGUGAAGUGGCCAAGCACACAUUUUUUUCUGCCACAGCACAGGCACAACAACCUGCUGCCCUCAACCAGCUGCAGUCUCUCUUCGUUGGCCGUAACUAUGUUCUCUGGAAAGAACCAGAGGUGCUGGCCUGGCUGGAACGAAAUGUCCGUGCUGUUCUGAAGCGUGUGGAUCAAGGGGACCCCUUGGUGGCUUCUUCAGCAGAGAAGCGAGCGAAACGCUACCAGGGUGCACCUCGCAACCUUUCCCGUCAUAUAAUUCUUUCCAACAUCCAAGAAGCCAGUGUAACGCUACCCCAGGAACUGUCCAACUCUCCCAUCUUUGGCUUUGACCCUUUGCCACCGAUCGAUGAUGUGAGCUACACACGCCCACCAAGGACACAGCAAAUUGGAGAUCAGAGCAUGAUGGGGGCUUUCUUUCGAUCACUUUUGCCAAGCUUUAAUUUACCACAAGAGAUGGCGGGCAUUGACGUGCGGAAUCCAAUGGCACUGGUGGAGCCUGAGGCAGCUGAACACGGUGCAGCAGGUGCUGCGGGGGCAGUCAGGGCCAAUGGCGAUGAGGGGGACCUGCACCGAAGUGUCACGUCGCUGCUGGAGGCCAUGCGUGACCUCCUCAGCCACAUCAACCUGUCCUCGGAUGUGGACAGCGAUGAUGAGCAUGAGGACUAAUAAGCAGUAUUGGCAGGACUGCUCAGAAAUUCUCGUCUGUCUUUUCUUCAUCUUCUCCUCUUAUCUCUCUCUUCUUUUCAUUUCUUUUUUACUAUUAUUAUUAUUAAAUUUGUCAUGGCUGCACAGGUCUGGCUGACCUGUGCAGAAGGCUUAUUUGUAGUAACACUCAUUGUUGGGCUAGUUGGUGCAUUGCAUCAGGAAAAAUUGCAGCCAAUAAAAUAGCGAACACAGGAAACGAAGAAAAAGACAUGAAAGCUAGACUACUAAUUGGCUAAACUAUCAAUUGUAGUCUAGCCACUUUCCUUUCCCCUUCUUUAUUUUUUUGUUCAUUAUUUAUUGGCUGGAAAUUUUUUCUGGUGCUUUUUAUAAAUCGGACUGGCUGAUGAGACAGAAGCUUGCAAAACUGUCUACAAGAAACCAUAUUGGGCCAAACAAACUUGUAGCUAACUUUUAUGAUGGAUGUCAGUUUUCAUAUUGUGUAGGGAUGGGCGAAUAGUGGAUUUGACGUUCGAAGCGAAUAAUGAUUUGGUCGAAUAAUUUCGAAUCGGAUAGUUCGAAUUGUGUGCAUCACAUAUUAUAAAGAAAAAUUGGCAUUUUUUCAUGGCCCGACUAAUUUACACAAUUUUUUUAAUGGAAUUAGAACUCAUGUAGGCACAGCAUUUUGUGAAAUUGAAAAUUCUUAAUAGUUGAAUUUUAUUCACAAAUCUCACUUUUUUUUACUGCACUCGCAAGUUUUCAUGCAAAAAUACCAGCUGCUCCACAUGGUCUGGGAGCAGCAGUUCCCGCCGGCUUGUGACAACAUUCCCUGCUGUUGAAAACAGCCUCUCACUCCUUGGCCAGUGCUGGGUACAGUCGGCUGCCAUGGGUCUUCCACCAAUCCAAAGGGUUUUCUGACCGGGGAAGCACAGGGGCACCCAAGUAUUCUGCCACUUGAGAAGGGACACUUUCGUGCGCGUUGUCUUGCAGUACAUUAGAGGUUAAUGAAGAAAAAACACUCCAAAGAGUGUUAGCUGGGGGCUUCUCCAUGGCUGGGCAGACAGGUGCGUGGGAACAUUCGUUUUGGGCUGGCAUUAGCUCAUUUGCUGCAGCUGCAAGUGCGGCUUUUGCCCACUUUUUUUGACUGUCUUCAGUGUAGCAAAUGUCUUUGUAGCGAGGGUCAACUAGCAUUGCAUUUGCCGGCACAUUUGCCAUUUUCAAGCCAGGGAACCUUGUGGCAAGACUGCGCAGAAGGCUCCUUGCAAACGAUGCUGCUUCCUCGCCUUGAGACGCAUGCUUAUGUACCACCACUUGCGCACAAUGCACGAGAGGUAUAUAUCACUUGGGAAAGUGUGGGAUAGCGGUCCGCGCACAGCUCUGUCGUUGUUUGGUCCAGAGGCUGCAACACUUUUACAGCCGCAGCCAUUAAUUUCCAUUCUCUGGAGCUUAAGUUGUCCACAUCCGAAUCGCAAAGUUCAACUGAAAUUGGGGCACGAAGUUCGACGAGUCUCUCCAUCAUGGCAAACUCGCUGUUCCAGCGUGUGGGAACGUCUUGAAUCACUUCAUGCUGGACCAUGUGCAUGUCCUUUUGUAUGUCCAUAAGCCGUGCACGUGCGCUUCUUUUGUAGCGACCUACAAUCGAUCGACACUUCGCACAAAGCUGGGAAAAACUUGCCACUUCUCUUUUGGCGUCAUUUAUGCACAGCUGCAGGGUAUGUGCAAAGCAGAGUCCUGACCAGUUGGAUUUGGCAACAGCUGAUACGAAGUUCCUGCCGUUGUCGGUAAUGACAAAAGUCGGGAUGUUGUCAGGCAGACUCCACUCUUCAAUCACGUCUCGGAGAAACUGAACUAUAUUUUCUCCAGUAUGCUCCUGCGGCAUUGGUUUGCAGGCGAGGGCAUAAGCGUGCUGCCUAAAGUCGCGAUCCAUCAUGUGGGCCGUAGCACACACGUAGCUGUCGCCCGCCCUCGAUGUCCACCCAUCCGUUGUUAAUGCGAAGCACUCAGCACCAUCGUCGUCAAAUACGGCCCUAAUGUACUUCUUCAGUUCAUUUUUUUUUUGGCCGCGUACAAAUCCGGAAUGACCGUUCGUGAAAAGGUCAUUCGCGACGGAACGACGUACUCUGGAACUGCACAUCCCAUCAUCUCGAUGAAGCUCAGUUCCUCGACCACGCUGUAUGGCUGCAGGCAAUGAACGCUGCAAUCUUCUUAGUCAUCUCUUGCGCUUUUACCGAUGACGGCUGAAGUGUAGGCUUAAACAAGCUGGUAACGGUCAGCUGCGAUGACAGCCCCUUUGGUUCACUUUUCAUUUUCGGAAAACUGUAAAGCUGAUGCAAUUCCGAGUACUCUUUGUACUUGCCUGGGUGUCUCUUCAAGUGGGUGACAAGCGUCGUCGUGGUACCAGUAGGCGUCUUCAAAACAACUCCGCACGUCUCGCACUGCGCAUCGCUUCCAGCAGGCACUUUCAGGAAAAAGCCCCAUAUCGGAUUCGUGUACGCGCGCUUACAGGACACGGGCGCGGUCGACACCAUCUUCAACUGUGGAGGCAGCGGUUACCGAGGGCGAGAUAAGCCAACACGUGUAAGCGCGGCUGAAGCUCGAGGAACACAAAGGUAAAAAGAAAGCAAAAACAUUAUGUCUACAGCAAUGCGGGGCAGCUUAAGCGCGAGACAUGCGUGCGAUUUUCCGUGCGAUGCGGCGUGCGACGUUUUGGGACACACGGGGGCGAAGAAGCUAUCAGCGGCAGGCUCCACUCCCCUGCGGCGCCUCGGCAUGCAGGGUCGAACGACUUGGUAUCCUCGUAAUGAGGCUCAAAACAAACAACAUUACACAGCCACGUGUUGUUCCCCCCCAAAAUAAUUAAUAAAUCGCAUUCGUGAACGACAAGCACGUCCUAAUCACGGCAACAGCUGAUUAUUCACGACUCCACGACUCCGACAGGUAGGCCUAGCAUCGCGGGCGCCGGCCGUCGCCUACGCCGUUCACACGCGAGCUCAUCGUCGAGCGCUUGUUUUUGACAGCACUAUCAAACAUUGCGCUCGUAUGUAAUGCGUUAGCAUACAUUAUUACUUUAUCUAUG